GCGGCAGUGCCGGGGAAGUAUGAACACUGAACUGUAUUGUGGAUAUUAAUGAUGAUAUUCGAUAAAUUUUUUUAGGAAUAUAUCGUUCAGUUUAAGUUAGUGUGAGCGCAGAAGUAAGAAGUAACUGUGAGUGGCUUUUGUUUUGCUGUUGGUCUGACUGACCGGAUAGAUGUUUGCAAUUAAACAUAAAAAAUAUUAGCUUUCACUAAAGCUGCCAUUAAAAUAACUGAAAAUAAUAUACAGUAGCUCAGAACGAGUUCAGACUAAUUAAACACUAGGAACACUGUUUAUAGUCAUUUUCUACUGGUGUAAGGCUGGUUGUUAGAUGUAAGCAUGGCAACCACCACCAAAACCCCCCCAGGUGCAGACCCUAAGCAGCUGGAGCGCACUGGUACAGUCCGAGAGAUCGGAUCACAAGCCGUGUGGUCGCUGUCUUCCUGCAAACCCGGGUUUGGAGUCGACCAGUUGAGAGAUGACAAUCUGGAGACAUACUGGCAGUCUGACGGAUCUCAGCCACAUCUGGUGAACAUUCAGUUCAGGAGGAAGACUACUGUGAAGAUGUUAUGUAUUUAUGCUGAUUAUAAAUCGGAUGAGAGCUACACUCCCAGCAAGAUCUCAGUCAGAGUGGGAAACAACUUCCACAAUUUGCAGGAGAUCCGGCAGUUGGAGAUGGUGGAGCCGAGCGGUUGGAUUCACAUCCCUCUGUUGGAUGUGGUGAACAAUCCUAUCAGAACCUUCAUGAUCCAGAUCGCCGUGUUGGCCAACCACCAGAACGGCCGUGACACACACAUGCGGCAGAUCAAGGUGUACACACCUGUGGAGGAGAGCUCCAUCGGCAAAUUUCCACGAUGCACCACUGUAGACUUCAUGAUGUACCGCACCAUCAGAUGACUCGAACAACAGUCUCCGUUGCUCACAUGGACGGACUGAGUAGAAUUAAAUGUUUUCAGACGAUUUAUUUGUAUUUUUUUUAAAUGUGCCAAGCUGUGUUUUGUAAGAAGUGUGUAAUUCAUGUUAAUGUUACUUUACAGGAAUUGAAUGUUUGUUUUGAAACAA